UGGUGUCCCAACAUGGAGGCCGACAUAUUGAAGUUUAUUCUGAGCAGCCAGGGCUCUGUGGACUCUGAGGAGCUGCUGUAUGAUUUAUGCCCCGGCCCUGCGCUCCAGGAGAUGAUCAGCAAAAAGGAGCAGUUCGUGUCUUGUUUGGUGAAUCAGAGGCAGAAAGUGGUGGUCAGGACUCGAAUGAAAGUGUGCUGGACCGAGAACUGCCCGGGCUGUGGCUCUUUACACAUCUGUCUGCACUUCCUCUACUGUGGAACCUGCCCCUUCAUCCAGAACAGGAGAGGCUGCUCUUUCUCCCAUGAUCUAAACUCUGAAUCCAACAUGGAGGUCCUCAGGGAGUUUGGUCUGGAGGCUCUGAGCAGGACGGAGCUGUGUCUGCUGCUGCUCCAGAGCAACAACGCCCUGCUGCCUCAGAUCUGCUACAACUACAACAACAACAACGUCGGUUGCCAGGACGACUGUCAGCGUCUGCACGUCUGUCAGCGCUACCUGCACCGCGACUGCAGCUGCUCCAGAACGCACAACUUCUCCGCUGCGCAACCGCUCAAACUACUGCAGCAGAAACACAUCCCGAAACAUCUCAUCAAAGCUUUAAAGUCCGUGUACGCGAACAAAGAGGCGCUGCGUCUCGCUUUCAAAGAAAACCGGAGCAAUACCUCAGACAUUAACGACGAAAAUACGUGCGGAAAUAUCUCAGACUCGAGCGGCGUUAGCGAGAAACAAGCUAGUCGUCGGAGGGGGAGGCGGAAGAGAGGAGGGAAAGGGAGAGGCAGAGGAAACGGGGGACAAAACAGAGCGCCCUCCCGUGGCGACUCGCAAGACGGCGCCGAUACUGUUCUCGCUAACGACUGCGCGGGAAAUGGCAGUAGUUGCGAAGACGCUAACCAAGACGCUACGGAGGAGGCAUCGCGUGACGGUUACGAUUCGGACACAGGCAGCACGAUUAUUACGGGGAAAAGUCGGGAUUGCGCGGGUCCGCUGAGGGGAAGGGGCGGGUCCAGAGGGCAGAGGGGGAAUCGAAGAGGAGGAAGGGGGAAUAAACAAGCCGCUAGUCAUUUUGACGGUUCUGCUAACGCGUCGGAAGCUAGCAGAAGAGGGAGCUACGGGAACCAUCGUGGCGGGAGUCGAGGUGGGAGAGGAAACAGAGGGAAUAGGGGCGGGUUCUCCUCUCAGAGCGACUUAAGAACAGGAAAGAGCGACGACGUUGGUGCGAACUACAGCCAAGAUCGUGCUGCGAGUGCUGAAGCUUCGAGCGGGUUUGAAACGGGGGCGAGCGGCGGAGGCGCUAAAGGGAAAAACAAGACUUUGCCCGUCAAAAGCACAAAGAAACAACAAGAUAAAACCGAGAUCUGCAUGUUCUUCAUCAAGGGAUAUUGUAAAAAUGAAGAUCGCUGUUUCAAAGCUCAUGACAAGAUGCCGUACAGAUGGGAGAUCACACGGGGAGGACAGUGGACUGCUAUGGCCGAAAAUGAAGCGGUAGAGAAAGAUUACUGUGACCCUGAGAACAAUUACAGUACAUCCAGUCCUCCUGUGCAUUUCGACACUAUGACGUGUGGGACAGAGGACGUGAGGCGUCUCUCGACUGUGAACUCUGUGCUGCAGCCGGACUUUAUCCACACCACAGACUGGCUCUGGUACUGGGAGGACGAGCGCGGCGUCUGGAACCAGUACGCAGCUGUGACUAGCGAGCGUCGAUUAGCCUCCAUCACCAGCAAAGAACUCGAGGAGAUGUACCAGGCAAACGACCAGGAUGUGGUGAUGUUUACAGCAGGAUCACAGGUGUACGAACUCAGUUUCCGUGACAUGAUUCAGACAAACGUACAGUACGGCACGGUGAAGCUGGUGAGGAGACGGCCCCGGUUUGUCUCUGCAGCUGAAGUCCAAGCAAAAAAAAAGCGCCACCCGAACUCCACUGCUGUGCCGGAUCACUGGGACAAAACACAAGUCCCUCAGAUCGGAUUUAAGAGAGUACCCCUGCAGCCCUCAUCGGGGGAGUACGAAGAAAUCCAUACGCUUUUCAGUAGGACCAUGGCGUCGUUUGAAAUCAUCCAAAUCGAAAGGAUCCAGAACAGAGCGGUGUGGGAGGCGUUCCAGCUACACAAGACUCACAUGAAACAGAAAAAUGGCGGACGACCCGUGUUGGAGAAGACGCUUUUCCACGGGACCAAGCCGAAGUUUGUGGACACGAUUUGUGAAGCGAACAUUGACUGGAGGGUGUGCGGGGUCAACGGGACGAUGUACGGGCAAGGAAGCUACUUUGCCCGAGACGCUAAGUACUCCCACAGCUACACCGGCGACUCCGACCCACGCUUCAUGUUCGUGUCUCGGGUUUUGGUCGGAGAAUUCGCCAGAGGCUCCUCGGAGUUCAGACGCCCUCCUUCUAGAGACGGAGGAGACGUGAACCUGUUCGACAGCUGCGUGGACGACAUCUACGACCCUUCGAUAUUCGUGGUGUUUAAGGAGCAGCAGAUCUACCCCGAGUACCUCCUCAAGUACAAAAACGCAAGAAGUAAUGUGUACGCUGGAAGUAGUAGCUAUAGUUAUCAGAGCAGGAGCAGCGGCUAUAGUCAGAGUACUGCCAGUGCGUAUUCUCAAAGCAGCAGACAGACCUCCUCCUCUACGUAUCAUACAGUGCCCCCUCCCCGCUCCUAUACGUCAUCGUACCCGACCCGAAACCCGACCCCGACCCCGACCCCAUACACGACCCGAAACCCGACCGCAAACCCAUACCAGACGUCUUCACCCACAUCAGACACCAACCAGAACUCUUGUGUCAUUGCGUGAUUUGGCUUUGGUUCAUGGGUCAAGAAGGUAACGCCAGGACUGAACCGGGACUAAACCAGGACUGAACCGGGACUGAACUAGGACUAAACCGGGUCUUGACCAGGGCUAAACCGGGACUAAACCAGGGCUAAACUGGGAUUAAACCGGGACUGAACCAGGACUAAACCAGGACUAAACCAGGGCUUAACCGGGACUGAACCGGGACUAAACCGGGACUGAACCCAGACUGAACCGGGAUUAAACCAGGGCUAAACCGGGACUAAACCAGGGCUAAACCAGGACUGAACCAGGUCUGAACCAGGAUUAAACCAGGACUAAACCAGGACUGAACGAGGACUAAAUCAGGAAUAAACCAAGACUGAACCAGGACUAAAAUGGGACUAAACUAGGAUUUAACCGGGACUAAACCGGGACUACACUAGGACUAAACCAGGACUAAACCAGGACUAAAUCAGGACUAAACCAGGGCUAAUCUAGGACUAAACCAGGACUGAACCUGACCCUAUACCAGGACAUUUGCCUGACGUACCUUUACACUCAUUAGUUUUAAUAAUUUGCUACAUAAAUUCGUACAAAUUGUGUCUGAAAUAUCUACUGUACUACUGUGCAAAUACUGUAUGAUGAUUUUUGGAGAAUGAAUAAUGUACACACAAUGUGUAUUUUUUAUAUUUCAGUAUAAAAAAUAAUAAAAAAAUGUUAUAAAAUGUUAUAAAAAUGUUUCCCUUACAAGGUUUAUUCUGAUUAUUUUGUGAUUCUGAGGGAGUAACAGCUUUUUACACAAGUCCACACGUCCCUUUGAACAGACUUUAGUGUGGGGCUGGUCCACGGGUCUUGGUCACUGUCCAGAGGGUCGUGGGAAUAACCAGUUUAUUACUUAAGUAGAAAAAAAACCCAAAACUAUAUUUUCUAUUAACAAUUCAGGAAUGUUUUAUUCUUCCCAUUCAUGGUCAAAGCUUUUAAACCCUCUGUUAUUUGAUGUAUUUGUAAUCACACAUCAGUUCAAAUAUAACUUUAUCUCUAUCUGCUGUGAAUAAUAUACAAAUAUAAUCCCCUGUUCUCUUUGUCGUGGCCCUGAGCUGUAGCAGUUUUAUCUUAAUGUCAGGAAACAGAUGUAGCAGCUGCAUUUUGGUCAUUUUGAUCAAGGCCACGUCUCUUCUGUGUCGCCUCCUUCAGGAGUACAGGACUCCCACUAAAGGAGGAACACAAAAGCCUCGGUGUGAACUCACUUGUUGGACUCUGCUUUGAAUUUUGCUGAACGCUACGUUUAAGCCAAAUGUACUGCCUCCAUCUGCCAUCAAUAAAGACGUACAGAACGAACAG